GCGUAACUCUUAUCGCUCCCGGCGCUCCUCGAUGCGGGUGCGUGCGAUUUCCAGUUCGGCAGGAGGCAAGGGCGCCGAGCGUUGUAUUUGGUUCCGGCCUCGGCGGUGGGGUCCGGGGUCCGGGGUCCCGGUUACCGGCUCGGGGCAGCGGCCGGCGGGAGGGGUGAUGCGGACUGGGCCUGGCGCUCGGUCAGAGGCGGGCGAUAGGCUGGUGCGAGAGUUUCUGCGCGGCGGAGGGACUGUGAGAAGCAGAAUAAUGAAGAACUGGGGUGUCAUUGGCGGAAUAGCAGCAGCCCUGGCAGCAAGCAUCUACGUGUUGUGGGGGCCGAUUACAGAGAGGAAGAAACGCAGGAAAGGACUCGUUCCUGGUCUCUUGAACCUCGGAAACACCUGCUUUAUGAACUCCCUGCUACAGGGCCUGGCUGCUUGUCCGUCGUUCAUUCGCUGGCUCGGUGACUUCACGGCGCAUUACAGUUUGGACACAUCAGAGGAAGAGCAGUGUCCGUAUCUGUCUAUCACACUUCUCCGCUUACUCCGAGUGCUCUCCAACGCUGAAGAUUCCUCAGAGGACGUGGUGGAUGCAGGAAAUCUCCUGGAAGUCUUACGGAUGUACAAGUGGCAGAUGUCUUUGUUUGAAGAGCAGGACGCUCACGAACUGUUUCACGUCCUGACCUCUGCUCUGGAGGAUGAACAAGACCGCCAUUCUCGAGUUGCACAUUUAUUCGACAUUCAGUCUCUGGAGAGUCCACCAGAAUUUGAGGAAAGCCAGAUGAGCUGCAGGAGCCGAAGGCCUUUGCUGCCACCACCACGUCCUUGGAAGUUUCAGCACCCCUUCCACGGCCGGCUAACCAGUAACAUGGUGUGUAAACAGUGUGAGCAACAGAGUCCUGUCAGGUACGACACGUUUGACAGUCUCUCCCUCAGCAUUCCAACAGUGACCUGGGGUAGACCAGUGUCACUGGAUCUCUGCCUGCAACACUUCAUCUCCUCAGAAACCAUUAAGGAUGUGGUGUGUGAGAACUGCAGCAAGGCAGGGGAGAACCAAAGUGGACAGACUACAGAAAACCAGAGGACAACCUUCAUCAAACAGCUGAAGAUUGGAAAGCUUCCUCAGUGCCUGUGUAUCCACCUGCAAAGGUUGUCGUGGUCCAGCCAAGGAACCCCCCUGAAGCGCAAUGAGCACGUGCAGUUUGGCGAGUUCCUCUCGCUCGAUGCCUACAAGUACCGCAGCCCAUCCCAGAGACGAGGGCACUGCGGACUGAGCAGACCCGCCAGCACUGGAAGCUUGCCUCACGUGCUGGAAGCCACCAUGCUGGGCAAGUCAGGAUCCACACAACCCAUCCUUGGUAAAACACAAGUUGCAAAUGGAGCAUGUUCAUCUUUGCUAUCACCUUUCUCAACGAUGCCACCUUUGGGGACUAGAAGUUAUCCGUCUUCAGUGUACUUGUUCCGACUGAUGUCUGUGGUGGUCCACCAUGGCAACAUACACUCAGGACAUUUUGUCACCUACCGCCGCUCACCAUCCACCUCAAGGAACCCGUUGGCAGUGAGCAGCCAGUGGAUGUGGAUAUCAGACGACACGGUACGCAGAGCAAGCCUACAGGAAGUCCAAGCCUCCAAUGCCUACCUACUCUUCUACGAGCGAGUCCGGCCCCUGGUGAGGCACACGAGCCACGAGUUUGUGCUGGAGGAGUGAGUGUGGCUGGAGUACUAGGCCGGUGCUGUAAAGGGACAAAUAAUCUUUACCACUGGAAGGGAAAUUAAAAUCUGAAAAGAUCUGGAGUCUGGUUAAUGCCGACCUGAUACUUGCCUCGAAAUCUGUGCAGUGAAUCAAAAGAACAGGAGAAUAAAUCAAAAUAUUAAUUUAUUACCUAAAGUUAAUGUCUCCAUAAGGAGAGUAAAUUGUAUCCUGUAUAUGUGGACUUUGAUGGAACUAGGUGAGAACUUUUUACGUGAAGUGGUUGAAUAUUAUGGGAAUGUCCUGUUGCCUUCUUGAGUCAGAAUCAUAAAGGGACAAAUGGACCACAGUGGAGGAACAGCUGUACUUAGUACUCUGGCAUCUUGCUACAUUCCUGGCUGAGCUCUGAAGGUUCAACGUAAGGUUCUAGAAAUCCCGUCCUUGACUGACUGUGUGAAUGCACCCAUACAUAGGGCCAGAAAGAUCCCAGAAACCUUCUCACUUCAGAUAUAUGUGCCAUUAAUCAACAACAGCAGUGAGGGGUUCUGGAAUCGGCCCUGACUCAUAAUAGGAAAACCCCAUUCUUGCUGCUGGAUUGAAUUUUGUGUGAGGAGAGCACCAGGCUGUGCUGUCCAAGUCAGAGCAUCUGCCUGUACCCGAACUUUGCACUGCCAACCUCAUUGUCUCAUGCGAGGGUUACCAUGUCCCAGUUAGAGUUGAUGCCUUCAGGAGAGGAAGGGUUAAUAAAUAAUGGAGUCUGUAUGAAUUGCCUAUGUUUUAAUUUCACUACAAUGGAAAUAAUUGUAGCUGAGCUGGUGCAAAGUCUGAACAGACCAGUCGAGGCAAUUGUCACUUGUGGAGUACAGGUAUGUCAAUGAAUUCUCCCUCAAUGGAUUAUUGGGAAUUCUUACUGGUAGAGAGUUGGUGUUCAGAGGACUCCAGGCAGAGUUUGUAUGGAUACAUCUGUCUAUACAAAAUUACAAAGGGUUGACCCCUUUAAUGAAGUGUCUGUCUCCUGCCUCCCAAUUGGACAUAACAAAGGAAACCCUACUAGUUUUAUUCAGGCUUUGGGUAUGUUGGCAGAAGAAUAAAGCAUCAUAAACUCUGAGAGAAUUGCUAAGGUUUACAAGCUAGAGUGCCAAGGUUUUAUGCUUGGUAAUGCUGGGUACCUGUUUAUCUGUCAGUCUGGUUUAGAGAAGGUUGGAGGGGUAGGAAUCAGCAAGUAACUCACCUUUAUCCUUUCAGUUCUCUUCCCUUCUGCUGCCGCAGGCAAUGGGUCAAUGAUAGCAUCUGACAGUUUUGAAUUUAACCGGAGUUUCCCCAGAUUCAGAGCUGAUAGUUGUCCUUUCUGAUGGUCUUCCUUUUAUUUGUUGCCCCAGGAGUAUUGCACCACCUUCAGUUUUACAGAAUGUAACUGUUCAGUGUCCUCGGUCAUCUGUUGGUUUGGUCAGUGUGCGCAGUGGGCAAGUGUCAGUUCUGCCUUUCAUGGACAAGUGUCAGCUGCUGCACUUCAGUAAGAUCUGGCUCUUCCAGUGAGGAGUGAUAACCUUUUCACACUGAGAUAGUGGUCGGGCCACACUUGCUGUUACCCUUGAAUAUGCGAGAAGCUAGAUUCAGCAUUGUGUUUCAUAAAAAAUUUGUGUUGAGAGGUGGAAAGUUAGCCUUUCUGAAGAGCUCGGAUCUGGGCCACCAUAGUACUGCACCGCCUCCUAGACCAGAACGAGAUUGCAGCCAUCAUCUGAGAUGCUUACACUUCCUGCCACUGUCGUUGGUGGACAGAAGAUACAGUCCCACCUGUUUACUUGGCCUAUCCUAUUUGAGACUGAAUUGCACAAUUAAGGCUGGCCAAAGAUUUGAGUAGAAUGAGCCGAUCUCCCGAACGUGCUCACAUCAGUAGGCGAUCUCGUGAACAUGGGUUUUCACAUCAGUGAGCUGAUCUCCCUAAUGUGCACUGGUGUGCACAUCCAUGGAGAAUAGCAUCACACAAUACAAUGGUUUCCAAUGUUAUCCAGGUACCCAUAGCCUGGCUCUCAAAUGAAGGAUCCCCACUGCAUAGUUCCAGGUGGAUUAGUUAUCACUUUCUUCCAAUUCUAGAAUCCUGAUGUCCUACCUAAUUGUGUUAAUGGCUAAUCCCUAUCCUUGAAAUGCAUGCUUUCAAAUUGAUAGAACAGAAAGUGUUUGGGGAAGAGGAUAGUGUUGGAUAGGGUGUGUUUGUUGGGCCAAAUGGCCUCAUUCUUCUGCAUCUUGUGGUCAAUUAAAAAGGUCGACACGAACAGUAAUGAUACCUGAUCAGUCUGAUACAAGGAUGAUGAGUGGGUGGGCUGGAUUGCCAGAUGUAAUCCUUUAAUCCAGGGGUUCCCAUCCUUUUUAUGCCAUGGAUCCCAGAGGUUAAAGGAACUCCUCCUUUAAUCUGUCUUCAAAAGAUUCUCAUAUUAUCACCCCUUCCACUUCUAAUUCUUCUCUCAGAAAAUCCCUCAUCCUUCACAAAGAAUUCCAAGAUGUGUUCUUACUUGAAGGUCAAUCACCCUCUUGACUACCUUGCCCAUUUGUCAACUGUAUAGGAGUGUAGUCCCAGAGAUCUCUGGAUUUGAUGUUUAAUUGUAUUUUAGCCCAACCACAGAGGGCAGGGAUCUGAAGUUGAGAUCUGCCUGGUUCAUUUUCAGGCUGGCUGAUGCGCUGAGACAAUGGUUUAGCAGCAUGUUGACUGUGACUGGAUCUGUUUGCAAUGGGAUUACUGAUACGACACUUCUACCUUGGACAGCUUUACCAGAAUAUUUUCUGAUUGAAAUUUUAAUUGUUCCCUGUUAGUCCUCACUAAAUUUGGAGUUGGGAUAUUUUACGCUUUGAUUUUCAAGUAUUUUAAUAACUGCCCCUAGUGCUGGUAAGUUAGUGAAGGUCGUAUAAUAUGGUAAUAUCAUACCAGGUAAACGUUCAAGAGGCUGUUUAUUAAUUUAGCUGGUGUGGCCUUGCAUGUGUUAUUGAAUUGCCAGACAGAAAGGAAUAUAGUACAGAUGCUGAAUAGCUGAAAUAAAGCACAGUGUUUGAAACACUCAACAGGCCAGGCAGCAUUUGUGAAAUGGGAAACACAGAUAACAUUGCAGGUCAGUGACCUUUCAUCACUUGGGGUUUCGGGUAUUUCAAAGAAUGCUAAAGUCUCUAAAAUCUAGUUUCCCUUGCUCCAACAUUUUAUAAUAAGUGAGGGCUCCACAUUUCAACUGAAAUUAGAUUCCUGUUUUCAUCUAAAUCACUUGGAUCCAAGACCAUGUCCUAGCGUAUUGUUAAAUACAUGACAGAGCCCAGAUCUAUUCUGCUCACCUGAACAAUUUUAACCGUAACAGUUAGAUUAUAGGUGACAUACUGUAUGUAUAUCUGUAUUGACCCGAGAGCGGGUUCUCCUCAAAGUGCCUGUAGCUUUGUAUUGUGACAAAGUCUGCUCUAUUUUAUAUUGCAUGUGUACGGGGUAACGGAGGGUAAGAAGGAGAAGUGUGCAAAAGAGAGGUAACUUCUCACGAGGGACAGACCAGAUGACUGAGCAAAGCUGGAACUGUUGUAGCUUGGCUCUUUGUUUAAAAAGUCAUAUUCUGGAAUCUUUUGGUAGAACUCGUGCAGUUUUUUAAGAGGUAAAUCGAGAUGACUGUGAAGGGACAAGAAAAGGCUGACCUAUUCUGACCACUGCCCACUGCACUUUGUAGCAAGUCCUGCCCUUGCUGACGGUGUACCCAUUCAUCUCCAUGACGAUGUAACCAUGAGGUUUGUGUGUCUCUGUUGACUGUGUAUGACAUGUAAAGGUGAACACGUUUAUGUAGCUGAUUUUUACACUUGUGAGAAAAUAAUGUGAAGUUCUGAUUGUAUAAAUGAGAAACUUCAAGAAAGCACCUUUUGCACUAACCCAAUAAUUGUAUGUGUGUAUAUAUAUGAAAUGGAUCAAGGAGAAAGUAUUUUCCAAUUGUUUUAAUUAAUUUGUCAAACAGGAAAGUAAUAAACUCUUCAUUAAG